AUGUCACCCGAACUGCAGCGUUUAUUGGCAAAGCAGCAGAUUACAUUCACCUUCAAUCCUCCGGCUCCUCCCCACUUUGGGGGCGUAUGGGAGCGUGAAGUCCGAUCGAUUAAAGAGGCUCUGGCUAAGACAGUGGGUGCACAGCCUGUUCAAAAGGAGGUCCUGGAUUUGGCUGAUGCAGACCCAGUAACUCCCAACUUCUUGCUGACGGGGCGGCUAGACAGCGCCCUCCCACAGGUGAUAUACCCUGCAGAAGAAAGUCUGAGCCGACCUCCUUCCUGCAGGUGGAACUGUGGCUCUUACUCUUACAACUGUUCCUGCACCAGCUACUGCUUGUGGAGUGGAAACUGUUGUCCUGACUACUAUACUUACUGUGAGACAACAACCCCUUUACCUGUCACCACACAAGAACAUACUUCCUGCCGGUGGAACUGUGGCUAUAAUUUCAGAAGCUGCUCCUGCGACAGCUCCUGCCAGUACUAUGGAAACUGCUGCCACGACUAUAAUGAUUACUGCCUCAACACAACUGCAUCUCCCACAACAGUGACUGCCCCCAAUUGUGGUGGAAGCCUGCUUGGUUCUGGCUUUCUCUUCAGCCCCAACUACCCAAACUAUUACCCUGAUAAUGCACACUGCGUGUGGAGACUCUCUGCUUUGCCAGGGGAGAAGAUCUUUCUGUCAUUCGUAGAUCUUGAACUGCAGGACUGCUGUCACUGUGACUAUGUAAACGUGUAUGAUGGCUCUACCACCGCCUCACCACUGCUGGGCAACCUGUGCUUCAAUAGCGGCCUCCAGGACUUCCACUCGUCCUCCUCCUACCUGACUGUCCUGUUCAGGAGUGACUACUCAGUCGUGGCUCGUGGAUUUAAAGCCUCCUACAGCAGCUCUCUGCCUUCAAACACAGCUCAAGUAAAGUGUUCCUCAGACCGCAUGAUCAUUGAGAUUCGGAGAUCAUACCUGGAAUCUCUGGGCAUCAGCUGGCACAAACUUUAUGUGGAUGACCAUCGCUGCAGACCCUCUGCUAACAGCCAUGAGGUGUCCUUCAACUUCACUGUUGACCAGUGUGGAACCAACAAAAAGUUCUACAACGGACGUGUUGUCUACAAUAAUAAUGUACGAGCGGCACCCUCCCAAUCGGGUGAGAUCACACGAACAAUUGAUGAGUUCUUGCUGAACGUGACCUGCCACAUGGAGCAGGACACCACGGCGGGGACAGUCUACAAAGCCAAACAGACAAUCAACAGCAUCAUCACUGGAACUGGCCGCUUCAAUGCCAAAAUGUCCUUCUUCCCUUCCCCCAGCUUCUCCUACCCCAUACUGGAACAUCCCUAUGAGGUCAAGCUAAAUCAGAACCUGUAUGUUCAGGUGCAGCUCACCAGAGCCGACAACACCCUGAACGUCUUUUUGGAAACCUGUGUGGCCUCUCCCAACCACAACUUUGAUGCUCGCGUCUACACCCUUUUGCGAAACGGCUGCCGGCAGGACAACACAGUCCAGAUAUACACCAACGGCCGGCACUACUACGCCCAGUUCAGCUUCAAAGCCUUCAAGUUUCUGCGGACACAUGCCUCCGUCUUCCUGCACUGUAGGGUGUUGGUCUGCGCCGACAACGACUACGGCUCCCGCUGCCGACGGGGCUGCCUCAAUCGCACAAAGAGAUCCCUCGACUCCGCCCACCACACUGAAGUAGUCACACUGGGCCCAAUCACUCUGAAAGGUUCCAGGUCUGCUGCCAAGGUGGACGUGGGGAAGUGA